AUGACGAAACGACACCAAUACGACGACGACCGUAGAAUAAGGACCAUAUCACCUUCCCUGGGAACACCAAUAACAGAGGUUGCCGUUGUCGGCACGACAUUGGAGAUUUUAUUGAUAGCGGUGGCCCCGGAGGAGGCACACAGUUUCACCCUCCGCACUAGCCACCCAUUCCAUAUACAGGCAAGAUAUACAGAUGAGAGUAACAAACGAGACGUCGAUGUGGAAUUCGGGAAGGCCGUCAUGUUUGAUAUCACAAGGUGUCCACGUAUAUUUAUUGAUGCAUUGAGGGAUGCUCCUAGACACAUAACGGUAAGCCUGGCAUUUGAACCAAGUGAGUUCAAUCCUCGUUCAUCAACCACAGCUGUUCUACGACUUGGAAUAAUUUCUAUCUCCCUUGACGUGGACGCUGAUCGCGAUGGCGUUAUUGAAAAGGACAGCAAUUUAAAGAAUUCGUGGAAGUGGGGAUAUUUGAAUGACGGCGCCAUCGUUAUCACAGACUUCGGACAUUAUUCAACGCGUCGAAAACAUCCGGAUUACCCGCCAGGCACGACAUAUGCUGAAAUGAGCGUGAGGAAGAUACAAGAGGCACGUCGUCAACGUAAAUAUAUGACUAAAUGUCUCAUAAGGUCACGUGGUCCGAGACCAUCGGGAGGAUGGUCUUUACACCUGGCAUUCCCCGACAAGGAAUCGCAGAGAUGCGUCUAUAUAUACAGAAAGAAUCCACUCCAGGAAGAAAACGAACGACUUCUAGGUCCAGGGAUUAUCAAAAUGGAAACUGUAGAUAUCAAAUUCCCACAACGUUCCGAAAUACCUCUAUGGCUUAAAGGGCUUCCGCGUACUAUGGGCGAAGGACAUGGCGUAUUUUCUAUCGAUAUGAUACUAAAAUAUCAUGGCAUCGCAGCAUAUAAGGACAGCAUACAACUUCGCGCCUCUCCAUUCAUCAUCCCUUCAUCAACCGAAGCAGCUGUUAAUAUAUUCAUUGACACGGGGCCAGGCAAUACACAACUCAUUAAUACCCUUUCAAGGAUCGCGGAAGGAAAAACGGAUCUUAAUGUCGUUCAAUACUCUGACGAAAUGAACGAUAGCCUCCAGGGGCAUAUGCUGUUUGGGUAUACACAAACUCCAACGCAAACACUACCAGUAGUGUUUGUGACGUCCGCAGAACUACUCAAAUAUUCAACUAUAAUACAGAAUAAUCUGACGGAAGACACUCAAAUUUGUCACUGCCACGAUGCGUGUAACACGAUGCAUCCAUUGGUUGCCAUGCCUUCAACCCCUCCCCGGUAUCCCCUAGGAUGUAUACUUAUCAAAGAGGAUGAAAUUAAUUGCGGUGUGUGGUUCAGGAAGUUACUGAGGAGACAGAAAGUGCAACCAAUUAUUCAAAUACCAUUGGAUUGGAUGAAAAAGCCAAGCAUGACAUCAAUAAUCAACUUUGUACAAUCACCAAGAGAAAACCACGAAAAGGGCUUUAAGGUUAUUAUAUCAAGUACAAAACAAGCAUUUACAAUACUCAAACAUUUACAAGACAGCGGUAGAGGAGAUACAAGAAUUUUUGAAGGUAUAAAAAGUGUUGAUUUUGACCACUUCAUUGAUGAUAUUAAAAGGAUUCUCGUAGAAAAAAUGGAUCUGAAACCAAAUGAUUUUCUUGAAGUACCUAUGAUGUGGAUGAGAUCUGAAAUUAAUCCAAAAAAGGCAGUGCCGUAUUUUCCAAACCCUGUAAAUAUGAUAAUUUUGGAUAAACACGCAGUCGUACCAAGACUGUUCGGUCCCGUGGUGAAAGGAAUGGAUAUGUUCGAAGACUUUGUUCAAGAACAGUUGCACUCCCAGACGGUGGUUCGAUUGGUACACUUUGUGGACGUGUGGAACACUGAGAUCCACGAUAUUGAUAGCACAGUGACAGUACAGAGGCACACACCAUUGCCGUACAAAUGGUGGAAUAUGAAUGUCAAAGAACCGUAUCAAAAAGUCUGA